GAAAAUGAAAUGUCUUUCCCCAUUCAUUUCACUCGUCAAGCUCUAUUAGUCUGUACCUUCAUUAUCGGAUCUUUCCCUCCCUCUUUUUAUGCUCUGUGUCCGUAUCCUUCCCAUUCAUCCACCACACUUUCGCAGAAAUUAUCGGAUCCGAUCUUGAAGCUUCUCCUGACCACUCAGAUCUCGCUCGCUCCUGAAUUUCAAGUGAAAAAUGGCGCAUUAUUUGAUGCAUGGCACUUUACAUGCCACGGUGUAUGAGGUCGAUAAACUACAUUCCGGUGGCAUAUCAGGCUUCUUUGGCAAGAUCCUGGCAAAUGUUGAGGGAACAAUUGGUAUUGGCAAAGGAGUAACCCAGCUCUAUGCUACCAUUGAUCUAGAAAGGGCUAGAGUUGGAAGGACCAGAAUAAUAAAAGAUGAACCCAAUAAUCCUAAAUGGUAUGAAUCAUUUCAUAUCUACUGUGCCCAUAUGGCUUCCAAUGUUGUAUUCACUGUUAAAGAUGACAAUCCUAUUGGAGCCACUUUAAUUGGAAGAGCAUAUGUACCUGUUGAAGAACUGAUACGUGGUGAUCAAGUGGAUAGGUGGGUUGAAAUCUUGGAUGAAGACAAAAACCCCAUUGAGGGAGAUUCCAAGAUCCAUGUGAAGCUUCAAUUUUUUGAUGUAAAAAAAGACAGUAAUUGGAAUAUGGGUAUCAAGGGUGCUAGGUAUCUUGGUGUGCCUUACACGUUCUACUCACAGAGACGAGGAUGUAGAGUUUCUUUAUACCAAGAUGCUCAUGUUCCGGACGGCUUCAUUCCUAAAAUUCCUUUAGCAGGAGGAAAGUAUUAUGAGCCUCAUAGAUGCUGGGAAGAUGUUUUUGAUGCAAUCACCAAUGCGAGACACCUGAUCUACAUUACUGGCUGGUCAGUUUAUACUGAAAUCACUUUGAUACGUGACUCAAGGAGGCCAAAGCCAGGAGGAGAUGUUACUCUUGGUGAGCUACUUAAGCAGAAGGCUAGUGAAGGUGUUAAGGUUCUCAUGCUUGUUUGGGAUGACAGAACCUCUGUUGGUUUACUGAAAAAGGAUGGACUCAUGGCUACGCAUGAUGAAGAAACUGCAAACUACUUCCAGAAUACUGAUGUUCACUGUGUCCUAUGCCCCCGUAAUCCUGAUGAUGGGGGGAGCUUCGUUCAAGGCUUACAAAUCUCUACCAUGUUCACUCAUCACCAGAAGAUUGUGGUGGUCGAUGGUGAGAUGCCUAGUGGGGAAUCCCAGAUGAGGAGAAUUGUUAGUUUUGUUGGGGGCAUUGAUCUUUGUGAUGGUAGAUAUGAUACCCCCUUCCAUUCUCUAUUCAGGACAUUGGAUACUGCACACCACGAUGAUUUCCAUCAGCCAAACUUUGCAGGUAGUUCUAUCACAAAAGGUGGCCCCAGGGAACCUUGGCAUGAUAUCCAUUCUCGAUUGGAAGGUCCCGUUGCCUGGGAUGUGCUGUUUAAUUUUGAGCAAAGAUGGAGACAACAAGGUGGGAAGGAUGUUCUGGUUAAUCUGAGAGAGCUUGAUAAUAUUAUUAUUCCCCCAUCUCCUGUUAUGUUUCCAGAUGAUCAUGAGACAUGGAAUGUCCAGUUGUUUAGAUCCAUUGAUGGUGGUGCUGCUUUUGGUUUUCCUGAGACACCCGAAGAGGCUGCCAGAGCUGGGCUUGUAAGUGGGAAGGAUAAUAUCAUUGAUCGAAGCAUUCAGGAUGCUUAUAUUAAUGCUAUUCGAAGAGCAAAAAAUUUUAUAUAUAUUGAAAAUCAGUAUUUCCUCGGAAGCUCUUUUGACUGGAGUUCUGAUGAUAUCAAGCGUGAGGAUAUUAAUGCUUUACAUCUUAUACCAAAGGAGCUUUCACUCAAGAUUGUUAGUAAGAUUGAACGUGGGGAGAGAUUCACUGUUUAUGUUGUUGUUCCUAUGUGGCCAGAAGGGGUACCGGAGAGUGCAUCUGUUCAGGCAAUAUUAGAUUGGCAGAGAAGGACAAUGGAAAUGAUGUAUAAAGACAUCAUUCAAGCUCUGAGAGCUAAAGAUCGUGAAGAGGAUCCUAGAAACUAUUUGACUUUUUUCUGCCUUGGAAACCGGGAAGUGAAGAAAUCUGGAGAAUAUGAACCUUCAGAGAGACCAGAGGAUGACUCCGAUUAUAUUAGAGCACAAGAAGCCCGUCGUUUCAUGAUUUAUGUUCAUACCAAGAUGAUGAUUGUUGAUGAUGAAUACAUCAUAGUUGGAUCUGCCAACAUCAAUCAGCGAUCAAUGGAUGGUGCCAGGGACUCAGAGAUAGCUAUGGGGGCUUACCAACCAUACCAUUUGACAAUCAACCAGCCAGCACGGGGUCAAAUUCAUGGUUUUCGUAUGGCAUUGUGGUAUGAGCACCUUGGAAUGCUCGAUGACACCUUCCUUGAGCCAGAAAACAUAGAGUGUGUCCAGAAGGUGAACCGAGUUGCUGGCAAAUAUUGGGAUCUUUACGCGAGUGAGUUACUUGAACAUGACUUGCCUGGCCACUUGCUUCGCUACCCAAUUGGUGUUUCUAGUGAAGGAGAUGUUACAGAGCUGCCGGGAACAGAAUUCUUCCCCGACACUAAGGCUCGUGUUCUUGGUGCAAAAUCGGAUUACCUCCCUCCAAUAUUAACAACUUAAUAGGUGGUAUCUGUAUGUGGUGGAGUAACAUUUUCCCUGCCUACCCAGACUCGUUUAAUAAAAAAUCUGAUUGUCCUAGCGGGGGAAAUAAACAAUGCAUUUUGUGUUUGUAGAUGCAGAAGUUUGUUGAUAGGGUGUUUGGAGAGAUGCGGUAAGGCAAUGGUCUGAUCACUGUUGAACAUUUUAGCUGAUCAUAUGUGUUUACUGUUUGAUUAUUAUGCUAUUAGCUUUUGCAUUCA